AUCACCAUUCGGAUUUCCCUGUUUUAUUGGUCUUAUACGAAGACUUUCACUUUAUCCCCUUCUCAAGAGACAGAGAGGAACACGAAGCUUGAUCUCAAAGCGAAGAACAAAAAAACUGUCUCUCACUUUACUCAGUCCGUGUCGACUCAGAUACGAGCUGUUCUUAGGAGGCAGAUUGUUAUAGCAGUUUCUGGAAGGAAAUGGAAGAUCACAGAAUUCUCAAAUCUGAUAAUAGAUUAAAGCACCGUCCUCUGACUCCAAUUAGAGUUUUCAGGGGUCUCUUAUGUUUAUUGGUGUAUAUUUCUACUGCUUUUAUGUUCAUAGUGUAUUUUGGACCCAUUAUUGCCUUCAUGUUGCGGCUUUUCAGCGUCCAUUACUGUAGGAAAGCAACAUCCUUCCUCUUUGGUCUUUGGCUAGCUAUGUGGCCCUUUUUGUUUGAAAAGAUAAAUAGAACUAAAAUUGUGUUUUCUGGAGAUACUGUCCCAGCGAAGGAGCGUGUGUUACUUAUUGCCAAUCACAGAACCGAGGUUGAUUGGAUGUACUUGUGGAACCUUGCAUUGCGAAAGGGGUGCUUGGGCUACAUAAAAUAUAUCCUUAAGAGCAGCUUGAUGAAACUACCCGUCUUUGGUUGGGGAUUUCACAUUUUGGAGUUUAUUUCUGUGGAGAGGAAAUGGGAAACUGAUGAGCCAUUGAUGCACCAAAUAUUAUCCACUUUUAAGAAUCCCCAAGAUCCUCUGUGGCUUGCAAUUUUCCCGGAAGGGACUGAUUUUACUGAAGAGAAAUGCGAGAGGAGUCAAAAAUUUGCAGCUGAAGUUGGACUACCCAUGCUCACUAAUGUGCUGCUUCCAAAAACAAGAGGUUUUUGUGUUUGCUUGGAAACUCUGCGUGACUCCUUGGAUGCAGUUUAUGAUGUGACCAUUGCAUACAAGCAUCAAUGUCCUUCCUUCUUGGACAAUGUCUUUGGUGUGGAUCCUUCAGAAGUUCACAUGCAUGUUCAACGGAUCCCUGUUAAAGAGUUACCAACAUCUAACUCUGAGGUUGCUGCUUGGUUAAUGGAUGCAUUCAAUAAAAAGGAGCAGUUGCUCUCAAACUUCAAAGCUCAAGGCCAUUUCCCUAACCAAGGCACAGAAGCAGAACUGUCGACUCUGAAGUGUUUGGUAAAUUUAAUUGUAGUAAUUUCCUUGACUACCGUAUUUUCUUUUCUUACCUUUUUUUCAUCCAUUUGGUGUAAAAUAUAUGUAGCUUUAGCAUGUGCUUUUCUUGCUUCUGCUACCUAUUAUAAUUUUCGUCCAAGGCCGGUUCAAGACUUUGUUAAAGAGGUGUUUAACUGCAAGAAAACAAAGUAAAUAUGUUAUUGUAAAUGACAUUGAAAUUGCAGAUGACGGCAAAAAUUUUUGGCCAUCGUUGAAUA